AUGUCUAAAGGGAGGGCUAAUCAAAGGCGUUACAAGUACCCUCUUCCAAUUCACCCUGUAGAUGAAUUGCCUGAGAUAAUCAUUCAUAAUCCGUUAUCUUGGAUAUACUGGGCAUAUCGAUACUACAAGAGCACAAACGCACUGAACGUUAAAAUACACGUAGACUUUAUCGGAGAUACCACUAUUCACAUAACAGUCAAAGAUGAUGAACAAAUGUUAUAUCUUUGGGACAAUGGAUUUUUUGGUACUGGCCAAUUUAGUCGAAGUGAGCCCACCUGGAAAGCUAGAACGGAGGUUAGACUAGGCCUCAAUGAUAGUCCACUAGAAAAUCGAAAAGUAACAAAGAGCAGUCCUGAAGCACAGUUGACUUUAGAAAAAAUCACACAACGAAGAAGAUUACAAAGAUUAGAGUUCAAGAAAGAACGUGCUAAGUUAGAAAAAGAGCUUUUGGAGCUGAGGAAAAAUGGUGGCCAUGUCGAUGAGGAGAAUAUCCUUCUUGAAAAACAACGAGAAUCAUUAAGAAGAUUUAAACUAAAACAGACAGAAGAAGACAACAUUCUCACACUACGGCAAGACGUUUGUGAAUCCAACCUAAGAAAUGAGGACAACGAUCUACUUGACGAAAAUGGCGAUCUGUUGCAAUUCGAAUCACUAGAACUAAUGCCGGUGGAAGCCAUGUUUUUAACCUUUGCGCUCCCUGUUCUUGACAUAUCUCCUGCGGACCUGAUGGGGAAACUGUUUCGAUUUAACGUCAAAUAUAAAGAUAUCCAUUUUUUUGUUCGGUCAUACGUGAUAUAUCAUCACUACAGAUCACAUGGUUGGUGUGUUCGAUCUGGUAUAAAAUUUGGGUGCGAUUAUUUAUUAUAUAAAAGGGGACCACCAUUCCAACAUGCUGAGUUUUGUAUUAUGGGCCUUGAUCACGACGUUUCGAAAGACUAUACGUGGUAUUCUAGUAUAGCACGUGUCGUGGGCGGUGCAAAGAAGACGUUUGUGUUGUGUUAUGUAGAGAGGCUUAUUUCAGAGGAGGAUGCUGUAGCACUAUGGAAAUCAAACAGCUUUGCCAAAUUGUUCAAUAGUUAUCAAGUUGGUGAAGUAUUAUAUAAGAGGUGGGUGCCCGGAAGAAAUAGGGACUAG